GGAGGGUGAAAACUUUCGUAAGCGACGCAUCAACUUUUCGUAAGUUCUCUGUUCGAAGAGCGGUGGUCAUUGGUAUAAAACCUGGACGCUUCGACGGAUCUGCACAGUUCGCUGCAAAGUCGAAUCAAUCACAUCAAGUUCAACAUGUUCAAGUUAGCGUGCAUCGUCCUUUUUAUGGCGGCCGUGGCCUCUGCCGGCGUAAUCGCCCCAGCUCCCUUGAUCGCAGCUCCGGCACAUGUGGCAGCUUUACCCGCACCCAUCGUAACUGCUAGAAGCAGCCAGGUCAUCGCUAGGAAUUAUAACACGUUUGCUGCCGCACCACUCGCUGCUUACACCACCGCCGUCCAUGCUGCCCCCGUGGCCGCUGCCCUGACAGCAGCCGUACCAGCAGCCCAUGCCGUGCACGCACCGCUCGCACUUGCGGCCGCACCUGCCGCACCCCUUGCUUACGCUUACCACCCUUAUCUAACCACUCGAACCACUUUCGAGAUCUCCAAUCGCAAAAUGUCUGCCAUGAAAUUUUUGGUUCUCUUCGCUUGUUUGAUCGCCGCUUGCUCGGCCGGAGUGUUGCACGCGGUACCAGCGGCUUACGCGGCUGCACCCGUUCCUGCGGCACUGACUGUCGGGACCUAUGCAUCCAGCUACAACGCGCACGCGAUUAACCACGCGAUCGCUGCACCCUACAUCGCCAGCCCCGUGGUCGCCCACGCUGCUGCCCCGCUCGCAUACACCAGCCUCCCAGCCGCGGCUUACUACGCUGGCAGACGCUGAAAACUGUACCUGCUCGAGUUACCAUUCGAGGACGAAUCGCGAAACAUCCGGUUGCGUUCGAACCAACCACCGUCCAGCCACUAAACAACUGCCCAACCUUCGAUACCAUCAUUGUUCACCACCGUGCAGAUCAUGGACACCAAAACUGGAAUUAGAUGAAACCAACGAUGCUUCUGGAUGUUUCCCACUCCGUCCUCUUUGAAUUUCCACCCCUAAUUAAUAAUCGACAUUUUCUGAUCUUUCAAUUUUGUAAAAUGUUACAAUAAACAAAUUUUUCACACACAAAA